AUGGUGGCUGGGCCUUUCCUAGACUCCCCCUUCUCUUGGGCUUGUUGGCAUCCCCUGUUCUUCCUUGCCCUGGAGGCCCUCCUGACAGGAUCCAGCUGGAGCUGCCCUUCCAGGUGCCACUGCUCCUCCCAGGACAGGUCUGUCUUCUGCAACCGCCGGCGCCUGACCACCGUGCCGGGCGGGAUCCCCCCGGAGUCUGAGCUCCUGGACCUGAGCAAGAACCGGAUCAGGACCUUGCACCAGGGCAUGUUCUCCCGCCUGCAGCCCUUGAAGGAGCUGGACCUGAGCGAGAACAUCAUCUCCAACAUCGAGCCCGGAGCCUUUAACAGCCUGCAGAAGCUGAUGAUCCUGAGGCUGAAGAGUAACCAGCUGAAAAUCGUCCCGCCUGGAAUCUUCACCGGCCUCCCUAACCUCACCAUCCUUGACAUCAGUGAGAACAAGAUCGUCAUCUUCCUGGACCACUCCUUCAAAGACUUGUUCAACCUUAGGAAGCUGGAGGCCGGGGACAACCACCUGGUCUUCAUCUCACCGCAAGCCUUCAGCGGGCUCCUCCGCCUGCAGCAGCUCACCCUGGAGAAGUGCAACUUGACGGGCGUGCCCCAGCUGGCCCUCUCCCAGCUUCACCACCUGGUCGAGCUCCGGUUCAAGGUCCUCAACAUCAGCAUCCUCCACAACUACUCCUUCCAGAGGCUGCACCGCUUGAACGUGCUGGAGAUCAACCGCUGGCCUUUCCUGGCGACGCUGGAGCCCCGCAGCCUCUUGGGACUGAACUUGACCUCCUUGUCCAUCACCAAGUGCAACCUCAGCGCCGUCCCUUACGAGGCGUUCAGGCAUUUGGUUUAUCUCCAGUACCUGGAUCUCUCCCACAACCCCAUCUCGGAAAUCCAUGGCAAGAGGCUGAACGACCUUUCACGCCUUCAGGAAUUCCACCUCUCCGGAGGCAGGCUGGCCACCAUCGCCACCAGUGCCUUCCAAGGACUCAACUACUUCCGGCUGCUCAAUGUCUCGGCUAACGCCCUGAGGACCUUGGAAGAAGGGGUCUUCCACUCGGUGGGGAACCUGGAGAUCCUGCGGUUAGACAGGAACCCCCUGGCCUGUGACUGCCGGCUCCUAUGGAUUAUCCGAAGGCGACGCAGGCUUAACUUCGGAGGGCAGCAGCCCGCCUGCGCGAGCCCCACGACGGUCAAAGGGAAAGUCUUCAAGGACUUCUCCGACGUCCUCCUGCCCAGUCACUUCACCUGCAGGAAGUCUAAGAUCCCAGACAAGACGCCUCAGCAGGUGAGUGUGGAAGAGGGGGGCAAAGCAACCCUGAACUGCAAGGGCGAAGGGGAUCCACACCCAAUCGUCUACUGGGUGUCGCCUCAUAACAUCCGCCUGGACUCCAACCACAAGGGGCGGAUGAGGGUCUUCACAGAUGGCACCUUGGAGAUUGACUAUGCCUUAGCCCAGGACAGUGGCACCUACCACUGCGUUGCCAGCAACGUAGCAGGGAACGACACUUUGCUGGCGCACCUUCACGUGAGCAAGCCCUCCGCCCAGUUGGGCAACGACUCGUUCCUGUUCUCCAACAGCUCGGAGGCCUUCCAGCCGUCCCUCAUCAACGUGGGCACGCUGGUGGGAGUCUUGGCCAUGGGCAUCCUGCCGUUCCUCAGCUCGGUCGCCGUCUGCUUCGUCUUCAUCUUCUUCUGGAGCAAGAGCAAAGGGAAGGUCAAGCAUCACGCCACCUUCGAGUUCGUCCCUCACUAUCCCCACGCGGCCUGGAACAAGCCACGCAACAGCGGCGGCGGUGGCAAGUUUGCCAUGAAACUCAUGUGA